AGCUGAGUGUCGCCGUGGCAGAGCGCAGGACUCCAAUUAAUUCCUUCUCCAAGUAAUGGAUAUCUUUUACUUUUUCUCAUAUCGGAUGAAGUGAAAACGUUAGCGCUGUCUCUUGUGAUAAACAUGAGUUCUCAUGUUAUCACCCCUGGACCGUACCGAGCCACAAAACUGUGGAAUGAAGUCACUCGUCUGUUUCGGGCUGGCAUGCCCCUCAGGAAACACCGCCAAAACUUCCGGCAUUACGCGUCGUGCUUCACCGCCGCUGCCGCUGUGGAUUGGCUACACCAGCUGCUCCGUAGCAACAGCAAUUUUGGCCCAGAUGUCACCAGGCAACAGACAGUACAACUCCUGAAGAAGUUUUUGAAGAACCAUGUGAUUGAAGAUGUGAAGGGUCGCUGGGGUACUGAGGAUCUGGAGGACAACAACUCGCUGUACAGAUUCCCCUCCACUUCUCCUCUAAAACCGAUUCCCUGUCCAGGUCCAGUCUCAGCCUCCAGUUCCAUAAAGAAAAGACCUUCAUUCAGGGACAAGGAGGGUUUCUUCAGGUUUAGACUAUCAAGAAGCAGAAGGAGGAGACACAAUCUAUCAUUAAGUCAGGAAAAUGAAGACCCUGCCCUCCAAAUAGGGGAAGAGAAUCAGCCACCAGGAGAGCAGAAGGUGCAGAGACGAGAGCUGACAGUGGAGGACGAACAGGACAUCUGGAGAGACAUCACCCUGACCCACCUGCAGAGGAUUCUGGGUGUUGCCUCUCUUGAUGAGGUUUUAAACCAGCGUUAUGUGAAUCCCCAGAACAUCAUCCAUAAUAUGACCAAAGUCAACAAGCAUGGAGUGGUCACACUGGACGACAAGACCAAUGACCUUCCACACUGGGUUUUGUCUGCCAUGAAGAGCCUGGCCAACUGGCCAAAGUACGACAGUGCACAGCCAUCCUAUCCAGGCUUCGAGAGAGAUGUCUUCAGAACGGUGUCUGAUUACUUCUACAGCCUUCCACAGCCAUUACUCACAUACGAACUGUAUGAACUAUUUAUCAACGUCCUGGGCCUCCUCCAGCCUCAGUGUGAGCGCGUAGCCAUUGAGGCCCUGCAGCUUUGCACCCUCCUACUCCCCCCCGCCUCCCGCAGGAAGUUGCAGCUCCUCAUGAGGAUGAUGUCGCGCAUUAGCCAGAAUGUGGACAUGCCUCGCCUCCACCCUGCCAUCGGUACCCGAACGCUGAUGGUUCACACCUUUUCAGGCUGUGUGUUGGGCAGCGCUGAGGAGUGUGAUCUGGACGAGCUGUUAGCCACCAGGCUGGUGUCAUUUCUAAUGGACCAUCAGCAAAGCAUCCUCUCAGUUCCUGAGUAUCUGCUCAGCGCGAUCCAGGACUAUAUACAGUACCUGCGCACAGCACAGGUCCCCAUCGACACUGUCUCUAAUAUGGAUGGCAGUGAUCCAGCUUGUGCUCCAGUGCCUGUGUUCGCAUUCUGUCGUCAGCUCAGUGAUGCUGAGUUUGAACAGCAAAAGCUGACAUCUUCCCAAAAGGCCAUGGAAGAGUUACUGGAUAUCCUGUUGACAGACCAAAACAUAAGUGAGAAGGACAGACGCAAGAAACUGAAGCAGUUUCAGAAGCAGUACCCAGACAUCUACAGUCGUCGGUUCCCCACCUCAGACAGGGAGAGCAAGACCAACAGCAAGCCAAAGAUUAAACCACCCCUCCUCAGCAUCAAGAAGACCAAAGCUUUCAGCAUCAGGAACUAAGCUAAGUGUGAUCAGUGUGGAAGCCACAGUGGACACGUCAUUUUUGCUGCACUAUAACUGCACUGACGCUGCGCUCCUGAGAGAAGAUUUGAAAAACUGUCUCUUCUCUUUGCAGCCAUUAACUUUGUGUUGUUACAUUGGAAACACUGUUAUUCCUUUUGUGUCUCAUGCAUGUGGUUAUGUGAAAGUUAAUGCAGGCUGGGAGACUUCUACAGUGGUUAGUGUGUGUAUUCAUGUUAUGUGUAUGUUUGCUGAGGGCAGGUUGACACACAGUAGCUCCUUAGAGCAGUUCACACAUUAUGCUCCAUUAUAACAUGUUUUCAUGAAGGAGGGUUUAGUAAAAUGUUUUGGUUUUUGUUUUUUUUAACGUCUGUUCAUUUGGAUUUUUUACCCAUUUCUUUCUCACCCCAACUUCUGUCUCUAUUGCAAGUUAAUACUGAUGUGUGUGUGUGUGUGUGUGUGUGUGUGUGUGUGUGUGUGUGUGUGUGUGUGUGUGUGUGUAGCUUCAGAGUGCAUUUUGGGAGAAAAAUAUGCAAUUCUGGGAUCACUGGUCCAUGGGAAAAACUCGACUAUAGAUUAAUUUAUAUGAAUGAUGGCAUUGGGAGCAGUGCUAGAGAUGUCUUUGCUUGAGGUGUUUGUUGUCAUGUUAACAUUUUUAUAGAUUUAACUAAAUGUUUUAUACUAUUUAGAUUCUCAAGUUUUAUCUGAAACACUCGUUAGUCUUGAACCUUUUUCUCACAUUUUAUGCUUGGUUGUUCUUGUCUUUCGCUUCUGGCUUUUCUUUCGCUUCUGUUGCUUUCAUUUGUGUGGUUUGGUGUGUGUUUUUCUUUUUUAAAGAUUUUUUUUUCAGAUUUAUUGUAGUAGAAAUCUUUUUGUUUUCAGAAUCUCCUGUUUCUCAUAUACAACUCAGUUAUUUUGUCUGUGAUGUGAUUUGGGAGAUCCUCUCUUUGUGUUCUUUUUUCUUUUAUGUCUCUUGUUGAAUACAUUCCUGCUUAGUUUAUUGGAUAGAGAAGUGUUUUGCACUGGGUUUAGGCACUGUGAAUGGCCAGCAAGCUAAUGUCAAUCAUCAGAAUAGUUAAUUUAUACAUAUUUAAUGUAUAUUGGACUCCCUAAAGAAGGUUUCACAUGGCGUCUGUCAUAUUUUGGGGAAAUGAUUGCUACUGCUUUUUCUUUAAAGUCUCAUGACGUGUUCUCAGCAUCUGAGGCAGCAGUCGUUUAAAGGCUUUGCUGUUUGCUGUUGGCUGAUGUCUAGUGGCAUCCAUUAAUUUCACUGAUGGAUUUUAAGAUGAAGUUAGAUUCAGAACCCAGAUUAUGUCAAGUGUCUGAGGAAAUUUAAAGUAAAAGUAAAGUGACUCAUGUCAAGCUUUCCAUUUUUGUUUGUCUUAGGCUACAUGAAGUAUUAGUUCUACCCUGGUACAUGUUUAUACCUCAGAUCAAACGGUGUGUGUGUGUAUGUGAAACCAUACAUACACUCAUCAGCAGUGUUUUUGACAAAGACCUUUACAGAGGAAUGUACAUUAUACUUUUCCUCUACAUUGUUUACUAUGCAAAGUCCUGGGAAAUAAACCUGUUCAUCU